GGUACCACUACCAGUAACAGCAGUGCCAUCACCAUGUGGUACUACUGCUGGCCACACAGUGUGUACCACCUCAUCAGAUGGUUCCCCAAGACAAACAGGCUCAAGAUUCGUAUUGUGGUGACCAUCUUCACCUGUGCCCUGUUGGUUCCACAGUUCUUUGUUCUGACCAGAGAUCAGAGCACUCGAUACUGCGGGCAGCAGCUGUUUGACCUACUGGUGGCCUCCAUUGUUUUCACCUUCUGUAUGAUUGGCUUUACGUUCCUGUUUGCGCUGAUGGAUCCAGUACCGCGGGAAGUCAAACUGGCCUUCCACGUCUUCGGCCUGGCGGCUUUUGUAUUGGGUGUAAUCUACACAAUACAGACUGCUACGGGGGAGGAAUGCAGAAACAACACCCCUGAGUUGUACUAUCUGUCCCUGGCAUUCACAAUCAUGGCAAUGAUCACCACAGCGUUCCUCCUGGUGAUGAUCCCGUUUUGGCUGAUGAACCAUGUCUGGGACCGGUCAGUGCUGGAUUACAGAGAGCGGUCGGGGCUGUGUUACGAGCCUGUCAUGUGCUGUUCCUGCGUCUGGCACGUGUAAUCUGAUCUUGGGAUAUUCAUGGUGACAAUAUGUGCUGUCCCUCAAAGGGGGAGGGGGACAUCAAUGUGUUAAACCAACCAAGCUUAGCUUGAUUUCAUCAAUGAAAUCUACCAAUGAGAGAAUUUGUAUGUGUGCCUUAGGCCACACCAAUUUAAUUUCUUGGUCAACGGAUUUGCCUGCUUCAUUUUUUU